AUGCGCUUUUGCUCCCUUUCCAUCCCGCACNUGGACGAGGCUCUUCUCGUGAUGGUACGCCAAUGGAUCCGCGUGAACUUUAUCAAAAAUGGGGAGCCCAACAUGACAGCCGAGGGCUUCCGCGAGUACCUCAACAAGGACGUCUUGCCACAGAUAGUGGUGUCGUACUCGGUGACCGUUCGCACGGCGCGCUCUUGGCUGUACAAGCUGGGGCGCGAGUACUGCGAUCGCAAGUCGGGCCUGUACUUUAACGGCCAUGACCGCGAAGACGUGCUCGCGUACCGGGUCGAGAAGUACCUCCCGGCGUACUUUGAGCACCGCGACUACAUGGAGAUCUGGAUCGAGGCGACUUCGGACGAGGCGCGGUCCUGGGAGGUGCAAGUGCAAGAGCAGGACAGGCAAGAGGAUGGGCGUGUUUGGGUUUGCGUGCAUGCCUUCAAGGAGACCCUCUCCGAACUUCCUCAGCAUCUCCGCGAGAGGGUCACCAGCAAGAAAACUUACUCUGACGGCAGAAGAGCGAUCUUCUGCUACCAGGACGAGUGCAUCUACAGGGCCAACGACGGCCAGCGUUUCGCGUGGGUGCCACCCAACUAUCACGCGCUCAAGAAGAAGGGAGACGGUCAAGGCAUUAUGAUCUCUGGCACCAUCGUCGACAACGUGGGGUUCGUUGCGAGUGACCAGGCUGAUAUCGACAAGGCGCAAGCCUUGCGGCGCAAGUGGUGCGAUACUUCCGCAACCGAACACGCGGCAGGUGACCCGACCAAGCCAGAGACGUAUCGUAACAUCGACAAGCUCUACAAGGACGAAGACGGCAAGUUCUGGACCUACUACAGAUUCGAGUACGGCAAGAGCAGGGACGGCUACUGGACGGGCGCGAAGAUGGUUGAACACAUGGCAGAUGUAUUGGACCUCUUGGCGGUUAAGUAUCCGAUGCACAAGCCCAUAUGCUUUUUCGACUGGUCAUCUCGCCACGAUUGUGUCGAAGACGGGGCACCGAGCGCAACUCGCAUGAACGCCGGGUACGGGGGGGGUGAGGAAGGGUAA